GUGCAUGACUGCGCAGAGUUGUGGCAGAAGGAGAGUGCGAGAAAGAGAGUGUUGACUCCGAUGAAGAGUGCAGAAGCUCCAAAUCCACCAACAAGCGCCUUGCAAUGUGCUGAUGGACAGCAGCAGCCAGCGAGUUCCUGCCUAACUCCGCAGAGGGGCGACUCUUUAGUCUUCUCUGAGAAGAGUUGAACUAGCGGUGCAAGUUGCUAUGACAUUGUGGGGCGAGCACUGGGAGUCUAUUUUAGUCCUCCUGUCAGAUGGCCACGGCCUUUAGUCCAAGUGGCGCUGCUGGAGAGGGUGAACUGGGCGCCUGAAGUGGGAAGCAACAGCAUGUCAAAGCUGGACGAGGACCAAGAAGCAGUUUCUGUGCUCUUCUAUUCUGCAUCUUUUCAGCGCUCCAACAGUCAUGACAAAGUUCGUAAGAUCGUCGCCGAAGAGGGCCGAGCUGCUAGGAACCUGAUUGCAUGGAGCGUCCCACUGGAGAGUAGAGAGGAGGAAGCAAAGUCCAAAAGUAACUCCACUGGCAGCUCAAGAGCUCAUAGAACUCCUUCUGGGCAGCUAAGGAAUAAGAAGCAGAGUACUGCUGUGGAAAGUAAGAGCCCAGCUGGUGCCUUGUUAGACAAGGCGACUGAGAAGAGCCCCACCAAAGCCCGGCAACCUCGCAAAGUGGACUUAAGAGCACGCUACUGGGCCUUCCUGUUUGACAACCUGCGGCGUGCAGUGGAUGAGAUAUAUGUCACCUGCGAGUCGGAUCAAAGUGUUGUCGAGUGCAAGGAAGUCCUGAUGAUGUUAGACAACUAUGUGCGGGAUUUCAAAGCCCUCAUAGACUGGAUCCAGCUUCAAGAGAAGCUCGAGAAAACUGAUGCCCAGAACAGGCCUACAUCUCUGGCCUGGGAAUUGCGCAAGAUGUCACCAGGACGUCACGUUGGGCCUAACACCUCUGCAGACAGAAUGGUGUCCUCCCCAGGUGCACGUCGCGCCCUAAACUUUGGUGGACCUCCACCUGCCUUGGCUGCAGCCCGCCUAUCCCUAACAGGCCCUAGUUGGGCAGACCGAGUGAAGUGCAGUCAAUCUGCUCCAAGUUCUAGUCAACAGACGACUUCUCCUGUCGAAAAACCAAGUAAAAAAGAUGCAGAAGGCUGGGAGACUGUCCAGCGAGGACGUGCAGCAAAGCCUCGCUCUGCCACCAUGAUUGCCAAGGUCAGUCCGGUCUUAGCCACCCAUGUCGCACCAAAGCAGGACAGCACCAAUAGUCUGUCGCUUGGACCCGCACAAGAAGAGUCCCCCAUCUGCGCCCAGUACCCCACUCAUGGGGAUGCAACCCAGGUGGACCCUGAGAAAAAAGAGCCUUCACUCCAGGAUCACGCCAAAGAGGUUAACCAUCCAGUGAGCGGCGAUACAGUGGAGCCCUCAGCAGAGAAUGCACAAGACUCGGGGCAUUCUGUCAACGCGCCCUGUGAAGACGCGCCACCCCCUCUAGCAGAGCUCACCCCUUUGCAAGCCGUAGAGAGUACCUUCUGUUCAGCUCCAGCUCCACCAGCAGACAUGACCGUAUCAGUCCCACUCCCUGCCCUGGUCCGCUCCGAAUCCCUAGAACGACCUCAGACGGAAGGGCUCAGCGGACCAUCGGCCUUGGGGGACAGUGUGGCUGAGGGGGGUGCAUCGCAAGGCAUGGCCACAUCUGCUCCACGACAAGCUGAGACUCCCGUGGCAGCGGUGAAACUGGAGAGUGUGCUGGACCCCACAGAGCUUUCCACUCCUCAGUCCAUGGCAGAGGUCCUGGCCAAGAAAGAGGAGCUGGCUGACCGACUGGAGAAGGCCAAUGAGGAAGCUAUCGCAAGUGCCAUCGCAGAAGAAGAGCAACUGACCAGAGAGAUUCAAGCAGAGAACAACGAUCUAGAGACAGAUAAUGACAAUGACUACCCGGCUGGUAUGGCUAAUGGAGGAUGUGGACCUAAUAUGGAGUGGAGUGAUAUGUUGGCAGAUUAUGAUGCAAGGGAGUCAUGGCGUCAAAAUACCUCAUGGGGCGACAUGGUAGAGGAAGAGCCUUCUCGACCUCCUGGACAUGGGAUCCACAUGCAUGAAAAAUUGUCCUCACCAUCCCGCAAAAGGACUAUUGCGGAGUCAAAGAAAAAACAUGAAGAGAAACAGCUGAAGGCUCAGCAGCUGCGGGACAAAUUGCGAGAGGAAAAGACGCUCAAACUGCAGAAGCUUCUGGAGAGGGAAAAGGAGGUGAGGAAAUGGAAAGAAGAAUUGUUGGAGCAACGAAGGAAGAUGAUGGAGGAAAAGCUUUUGCAUGCAGAGUUAAAACGAGAGCUCCAGCUCCAAGCCAUUGUGAAGAAGGCUCAAGAGGAAGAGGCCAAAGUGAAUGAAAUAGCAUUCAUCAAUACUCUUGAAGCUCAGAACAAGAGACACGAUGCCCUAGCGAAGUUAAAUGAAUAUGAGCAACGCCUCAAUGAGCUCCAAGAGGAUAGGCAGAGAAGGCAAGAGGAGAAGCAAGCCAGAGAUGAAGCUGUGCAGGAACGGAAACGAGCCCUUGAAGCCGAGCGGCAAGCACGUGUGGAAGAGCUGUUGAUGCGGCGCAAGGAACAGGAGGCUCGUAUUGAACAGCAGCGGCAAGAAAAAGAGAAAGCAAGAGAGGAUGCUGCACGGGAGAGAGCUAGAGACAGAGAAGAGCGGUUGGCUGCUCUUAGUGCAGCUCAACAGGAGGCCAUGGAGGAGCUGCAGAAGAAAAUUCAAAUGAAGCAUGACGAGAGCAGCCGCAGGCAUAUGGAGCAAAUGGAGCAGAGGAAGGAGAAGGCGGCCGAGCUCAGCAGCGGCCGACAUGCCAACACAGACUACGCCCCCAAGCUCACGCCGUACGAACGCAAGAAGCAGUGCUCACUCUGCUCUGUUGUGAUCACCUCAGAGGUGCACCUGUUCAGCCACACCAAGGGCAAGAGGCACCAACAGGCCGUACGAGACAGCAGCAGCAUCCAGGGACGGGAGCUCUCCGACGAGGAAGUGGAACAUCUUUCUUUGAAGAAAUACAUUGUGGACAUCGUGACCGACGGCUCCGUUUCCUCUGAGAGUGUAAAGGACAGUGAGGAGAGACAAAAGGCCCGAAAGAAGGCAAAGAAACUCCGGGCUAGGAUGAACUCCAGAGCAAAGCAAUACGAGACGUCACAUGAAGCAAAGACCCAAGUUCCCGAUUCCCCGUACAAGGCCAAGUUACAGCGCCUUGUGAAGGACCUUUUGAAGCAGUUGCAGGGUCAAGACAAUGGCCAAUGGGCCAACAACAAAGUGUCUGGUCUGGAUCGAACAUUAGGAGAGAUUGUUCGCAUCUUGGAGAAACAGAACACUGCAGACCAAGUAGCCUUUCAAAUGGCCGGCGGCCUAUCAGCUCUGGAGCAAAUCCUGCAGGUCGUCACAGCUGCGUCGUCACCUACCACCGUUCCCCGCAUUCCUUACAAGUCCCUCUGUGUGGCUGUGAACACCUAUUACUAUACUUGCUCCUGCUGUUCCCUCAACUGCUCCUAUGUCUUAUUCAGCAACAAGAUUGCACUCCUCAUGGACCUGCUGCUGCACCAGCUAACGCUUUAUGUGCCAGACGAGGACAAGUCCAUUUUUGGCCGCAGUGUUAACAAACAAGUCUUUGAGGGUUUUACCACGAGCUUAUUGCAGACCACUGCCACCAUCUUAGGCUGCCUGUCGCCGCUGACCUCCGAGGUAGAAAAAGGGGAAAACGCAUUGAUUACAUCGCCAGAUUCCAAGGUCAAGAACUGUGCAACAGAGUCCUUCAACAUACGUACACAAGAUCUAAUCAGCUAUGUGGUCAACAUGGGUUUGAUUGACAAGUUGUAUGGCUGCUUCCUAUCCAUUCAAAGCCCUGUGGAUGAGCACCCCAAGAUGUCUGCUUUCCUUCAACAAGCUUCAGCUUUAUUGCACAGCAUGUGCAAGUUGUGCUUUGUCGUAACUGGACGAGGGUCCAGUAUAUUUGACAACAAACGGCAGGACCCCACUGGUCUUACGGCACUUCUGCAGUCAACUGACCUGGUGGGAGUGGUACACACGCUGUAUUCCAUUCUGCUGCACAGCUUCUUGCCAGAGUCAUCCUCUCAAAGCCAGGAACCUUACAGCCAAGGGGUCAUCCAGGUGGCUUUGCAAGGCAUCCGCUUCCUCAACAGUUUUGCCCUGCUUGACCUCUCUGCCUUCCAGACUGUUCUAGGAGCCGAGGGCCUGUCGCUCGCUUUCCGUCACAUUGUCAGCUCGCUGCUAUGGUACUGUACCCAGCAUUCAGCUGAAGAACUGCUGCACGAAGUCAUCAUCUGUGUCGGAUACUUCACUGUCAAUCACCCGGACAACCAGGUGAUCGUGCAAUCUGGCCGCCAGCCCAGCGUGCUGCAGAAACUCUGUCAGCUGCCCUUCCAGUAUUUCAGCCACCCGCGCCUUAUCCGCGUGCUCUUCCCGUCACUCAUCUCCGCCUGCUACAACAACGGCCCCAACAAGGUCAUCUUGCAGCAGGAGAUGAGCUGCGUGCUGCUCGCCACCUUCAUUCAGGAUUGUGCUACAAAUGAGAAACCAUGUGACGGAAAAACAAGGCAAAGUGCACUCGAGCAGCUGGAUUUCUGCGAGCUACCCAAUCGCUUCCCUCGAGACCAGUGGGAAUCUGCGCUGCAAUUUUUCCUCAACAAGCAGGAUAAGUGACUGAUGGACCUUUAACACAAAAAGUCGCAACUCUUCUGACUGGAGGCGGAUCUGACUAAAUCCAUUUUUUAGGGUUAAAAUGACAUAUAAAAAACGGAUGCAUUAUUCCGUGUCAGUGCACCUGUUUUGAGAUGGGAAUUCACACUAAAUAGCAUGUACAUUGCAAUUAGAGAGAGCAGCAAGACUGUUUGUUUCUCUUCUGAAACAUUAAUUUAUUCAAUUUUUCUUAUUUUGUACUCAUCAGUUAUGGCACGCACUAUUUGAAAAAUGUGUUCAGAAUGUUUUUCUUGGUAGCAUCUUCUCUGUUUCUUAAAAAGGUUAAACACUAAAAAAUGUUCAUGCGUCAUUAUGGUUUGUAUAAAUGUAUAUAAUAAAAGUUGUUUUUGCUGGAA